GCAGAAUCCUAGCGCCCAUGUCGAUUUUACCCGAGGCCUUUUUAGUCUUUUGUGACGUGACGCGUACGCCCCCCUAAAUCUGCCACAGCACGGAUGACCGUUUGGCACUCUACCUUCGGGUGCUUGCUUGCGGUAAGGCCAAGCAGCGGACCAACGACAUCCAUCUGAUGAAAAGUCAGGCGUAAAUGACACUCUACAACCUGGGAAUUUCAGAAGUUCUGGCGCUCGUGAAGACGGAAGAGAAGAGAGCUGUAGAUGAACCAGGAACGAGCCGGUAGGGAGUUGGAGGGCACCGCCGCCCUCGGGAGCAGCUCCCACGAUGGAGAUCGAGGCAGCAGAAGCCAGCGGCGAACUCACAGCUCCAGCGGAUUUCUCGUCGAUUCGUCGUUCCUACCCCGAUCGCGAAGUCUCAGAUCUAGUUAUCAUCGCCCUCGUCACUCUGACUCCGACUACGGAAAUAAUAAACGUGGAGCUCCCGAAGUCAACACUCCCCCCAAGAAGCGGUCCCGGUUCCCCUGGAGUCGCCAGAAAGAGUCACCGAAGGAAGCCCAUCCAGGGAGCCCAAAGAUUACAGCGGGGAGGGAAAGCCCUGGACCCUCACGUUUGCGACACGAUACCACCGUCAUCCAACCACAAAACGAGAGUGUAGGAAAUCAGGCUACGGUGGGCUUGGAUAGAGAUUCCCUACAGAUCGUGAAUCUGGCCUUGAAUCUCAGCGAAUCGAGAAGGAGAGGCAAUAUUGGCUACAGUGCAUCAACCCGGACCUCAGGAGGCAAUUGGGCAACAUCAGGGGAUAGCCAUGCACCGCUGGCGGCGAGUAGCCUUGCAAGCCCUGGCCAGGCGAUGGGCGAUGGCCGUUCCAGAUCUUUAAGAUCCCCAGAUGUCAAUCUAUCGGCAAACGAUGUUUUGAAUCUCCUUCCCGAUUCCGCCGCAUCUGAUUCCUUGCCGCAUGGAGUUUCAGCAAGCACGCUAGCACGAGCUGCAAAAGCGCGACGCCAUUUUGAGCUUUUUCAUGAGUAUCUACGUCUUCUUCCUUCUCUUCCGCCGCUCGCGCCACCUGACAGGCUGCAUUCGACUGCUGAUCCUCCGUGGAUUUCAAACUACGGAUCCCUCAGUCACCGUGCCUAUAACCCGCUCCAAGCUAUUCGCAAUCGCAAAGUUCGGUUUCGUGAGCGUUGCCCGAUCGACCCCGAAGCAGAUGGGUGGACCGACGUGGAAAAGGUUCAUAACUGGGUCAAUUCGGUUGAAGCUAAGCACAGUAGACAGACACGAAGUCCUCUCGAAUGCCUUCAGCUUCCGCCCUUUCAGUCGGGGCAACAUGAUGCUUUAUCGAGUGAAAGGCCAGAUGAUGCUGAUUCAUCCGCUAUCUCCCCACCGUCCAGUCUGCAGCGCGUUAGUCGGACAAACAGUGUCAAGACUCCCCGGCCCAGAUCUGACUGGGUAAUAACUCCCGACGAAUUUCUCGCGGAUGCCGCAUGGGUGGAGGAAGCAGAAAACAAAAGCAAAAUAGUGGAUAGCGAUGGGAACAUUUUGUAUCCAGAUUUUGCAUCGCUCAUUGCUGAUGACGCACGUGAAGAGCAGACAAAGACCAAGGGCUUGAAUAAACAAAGCUCCUCCCAUGCCUCUCUAUCCGACCACCGCCAAAGCACAUCCAUCGACUUGAAUGAAAUUGGCCGAGGCCGACCUCCGCACAGAUUCAGGAACCCCGAGCGAAUUGGGCACAGCAGCAGUGCCUCAGCGAAGGAUGUGGUCUCUAAACGGCACAAACUCAGAAUGCGAUCGCGAAGCUCUUCAAGCUCCUCAAGCACAGAUGACGGGCCGUCUCGCAAUUCCCUCGUGGCUGGUCCAGCAUCUACACGAAGAUACAUUUCACCUUCACGAACGCAAGCUGCCGCUUGGACUAAGUUCGAUGAGAAAAGAGGCUCCAUGUCCUCCGUGCCGAGUGCCGAUGAUCGUUACGACCCACUCUCCUUGGCGAUGAAGGAAAACAGGAUUUCCAACACAGCUAUGGACAUUAGCUACUUCCCUAGCAUUGCAUCUAAUCUAUCAGCCACUUCGAGUCGAUCACCGUCUCCUCCAAAGCGAGGAUUCACACGAGCGAUUGGAUCUCGGAGAGCUCAGAGUCGGGGUAGCACGUAUCGAAAGGAUGGCGGGGAUGACAGCUCUCCCGAAUCUGACGCGAUGCGCAAGGAUGCUGUGGCAGGAUAUACGGAGCCUGCGUCUCAACCCGACAAUGAACCCCCUCCUACCUCAAGCCAAGUUCCGACGACCUCCCAAGAGGGCCCAGCGAGAACUAGUCUUCAUGAAAGAAAAGAUUCGGCGCCGCAUGAAUCUAAAUUGCGCGGUAUUUUCAAAGGACCUGGGAAAAUUGCUGGAAAGGUUGGCAACGAGGUCUCCAAAAUGGGGGACUUCAUCUUAAAGAAGGAUACCUUGGCACAUUCCCGCAAGUCGUCCUUUGCCACUUCUGAUGGAAGCGAACCGGAGGAAGAAGAAACAAAGAGCGACAAACGAGCGAUCCCCCGAGCGAUUUUACGGCGAUUUCCCACCUUUUCUGAUGAUGCUGGUCGGUCCUCGCCCAGGAACUCAGAUAAAUCACUUGCGAAAAAUAAUGCGCUUCUUUCCCAUAUGCAAGAUGAUGAGCGCAGAGUAGGGGGUAAUAUUGCAGGCUCUCACGGCCAUCUAUCCGGGUUGCAACUAGAGGAAGUUGGGGAGUUACCUGGCAAGGAUGGCAGGCGACCCUUCAGUCUGCAUCAAGGCAACCUGACUGAUGUGGCCCGCCAUCAGAAACCUCUUGAGUUUGGACCAGAGCUAUACACAGUCCGAGAACAGAUCAAGAAGGGCCGGAUUAAGGACCUUUCAAUGCCAUUCAGUCUUGCUCGUCCUCCUAUAACUGGGUUGGCGCAGGCGCAACCCACACAGACAUCCGCAUCUCAUGAGAAACGGCCUCCUCUGCCUACUCAGUCAAGCAGCUGGAGUAUAUCCGACCGCAGUCUGUCAAUUUCGGUAGAGUCUGGGGUUCCCGGGAAGCAAGAGAUUGAGCGUACUCGCGCUCUUCUGCUUUCGUCAGGGAUCAAAGCCCGGGAGAUCACCCGCCGGGCAGAGACAGUGCGCAGUCCACCGGCCGAAUUUCUCCGACGCUCCUUUGGCACAGACGCAUCAAUACCGUCCGUUCCUCGACUUUACGAAUAUGAUCUGGCUAGCCAGAACCUGCUUAAGAGAAUUGAAGCCUCGCACAACCUCUUUCAGAGUUCGGUGGACCGGUUUCCGCAAACGACUUUCUCGCCGCUCAAAUCACAGCUGUCGAUGCUUGAGGAGUUGGUCAACGAAAGGCUCAACCCUCGCGUUCACGCUGCAGCGCAGGAAGCCGAGAAUCUUAGUGUGCAGCUCAAUACCACGAGCACGCUGGCCGUGAAGCAGCUGAGUGAAACACUGGACCGUGGUAUUCGAAAGCGCCAUCGUCGACUCCGGUGGCUACGACGCACGGGAUUUGUGAUGCUCGAGUGGGCAUUGGUUGGCCUGUUGUGGUGGGUCUGGUUGAUCGUGGUGGCAUUUAAAUUGCUGCGCAAGCUUCUUUAUGGGAUGGCCUCUGGAGUGCGGUGGGUGCUGUGGCUGUGAGAGUCCGGAGUUCGAAGGUCAUCCUGAGGAUCUUGGACAAAGAAUGUUUGUUUUUUUGGGUCUCUUUAAUGAAUAUUCAUUCAUCCACCCCUUUUAUCUAAUAUAAGAUCAGCAUCUAUAUUCUUUUUAAUGUCAAUCAAUGAUAAUGAAUGCCUUUUCUGCCA